CUCAUUUUCGGCGCACUGUUGGCGCAAAUAUUAGGCUGUUAUUUUUUUUAUUACAUACUUUUCUACAUUCCUUUGAAUAACAAUUACAUUAUUUGCAUUUUUUAGCAUCAUGUAAAAACCCGGAGCACUUAUUCAGGGUGAAGCAGAUAUAGAUGGUGUAGCUCAUCUCGGGGGCAGGAUAAUGAAUGAGUUAAGCAGAUAACUAUGGUUCAAAUCUCUACAAAGGGGCGUUCCUGAACAUGAGUUGUUUAGAUACAGGUACACUUGUGUAUCUAGUUUUCAAGGCUCUCCACCCGCACGUUACGGUCUCAUCAAAGAUGGGCGUUAGUUUCGCAGGGCCUGAAUAUUUAAUAAACUGACGUUGUUGACUGAGGCCAACCAUGAUAGCCUACAGGUUGUCUCUGUGAAUUCUCACUGUUCUUGCCUGAUUGACAUAUAUAUAGUAUCAUUAGCUUAACUGAAAUUCAACCAUGGGCCGUUUAAAGUAAACAGCAGUCUUUUCCAGGUGAUCAUAGAUUCUGACUGGUUUCCACUCUAACCUCACGCCACAAAAGACAUAAUAUUAUAGAUUGAAUGGUCCAACAUGUAAAAAACAUAUUAUUAUAAGCUUACAUGCUUUCCUAGCUGCUUCAUGACAGCCACAAAGAGCUAAGGCCUAUUCGUCUCGAGUCAUCCGCAAAUGCUUAGAGGAUAAACUAGACACGCUCAAGUGAUGUGCAACUUAAGAUAAAAACACCUUCUUCUUCAGAUAAUAAGUGUGUAGUUAGCCUAUUCGUUAAUCGUUUUGUCAAUAGUGCUUCAGAAUGCAAUUAUUGCGAUAACACUGGACUCCGAAUAUGAUGUGCGACACAUACUAUUUCCGGAACUCGACAAUCUGGGAAUUAAAAUGGCGACUAAAACAGGAAGCCAUUGAACAUGGUCAGCGCAUAAUACACUGAUGUGAAGCGAAAGUUUUCAUGAUUGAAGGCCUUUAUGUUGUAAUUUCUAAGAAAUUAUAGAGGCGAACGAUGUGAUAGUCAAAGAUUUCAAUGGCGUGUGUCGGACUAUUUGGAAGGUUGUCAUCUCUCAGGUUGUGUUAGCUUUGACAAGCGUCACUCAAAAUGACGACGUCACAUCGCGCCAGCUCUGACUACAGCUCCAUCGAUGAUCUAUCAUUACCAAGGGGAGCUUCGGCUGCUUUGUUCAAGGAACAUCAUGCUCCUAUACUAGAACGCAGUAACAGCGACUCAAACUUGAAUCUUCUGAGUCCUCAGAGCUGGUCCAGUUUGUCUGUUGACAAAUCGUUUUUCCAGCUAAGUGGUGCUGGGAAAAAUAAUGAUGCAAGGGUCCGUGUGGAAUGGGAUAUCAAAGAAGAUGUUGGGGCUCAAGAUUGGAUUGGACUUUUUCUGUCGGGUGAGACAGACACUUCAAAAUUUCUGGACUGCAAGACCAGAGGCUCUAGUGGAGGGUCAACUGGGGCUAUCAUCUGGGACCUGGAUGCCAUUGAGCACCUGUUCUCUGAGACUGAAACUGUUGUAUGCUUCAAGUACGUCAGUGGUCAUUCUGGAGAUGUUCUUGCCACAAGUGCACUUGUCACUGUAACAUUGUCCAGUAGUGAGGAUCAGAGUGCUUCCCAACAAGUGACCUCCAAUGGCGGACAUCCAGACCAAAACACAAUGUUCUUAGUGAAAAUUGAAGGGCUACGAGCCACCAAUCUGAAGAAAGGGAUGUUUUUCAACCCGGACGCGUACGUGAAGUUCCAGGUGUUGCCACACAACCAGCGGGACCAGGUCCACCGACACCACUACCUAGAGCACCGCUCGGGCGUCGCCUCAAACACCGCAAACCCUUCUUGGGAGAACGAGAAAUUCUCCAUGGAAGUGUUUACAUCGGACUUGCUAGAGAUUGAAGUGAAGCACAAGUUCAGUAAAAGUCGACCUUCCAUGUCCCGCUUUCUGGGUCGUACUACUCUGCCUGUACAGACUAUUGUUGAUCGGAUCAGUGCUGAGCAGAAGUCAACUGAAUUUCAGCUGGAAUUGAUGAGAAAGGGACCUUCUGACAACAUAAGCGGUGUGGUCUCAUUCAAAGCAAGCCUACAACUUGUUCUUCAGCGAUCAGACAUGUCGUCUCCUGUGGGGAAGCAAGCUCAAUCAGAUCUCACACGUCAGGCGUCCUUGCCAAACCCUUUGCCUCACUUGGACGACGGAGAUGUUCGAAAUUCAAGGAUGCGACAUCGACACACGGACCUCGGGCUGAGCAGUGCAGAGACCAGUAGCUUGCCUAGUUUGCCCAGUCCAGGUUCCAGUGGCAGUGAAGCGGUGGUGGGUUCAAGUCCACAGAUGCAGUUUUCUCGUAGUGUUAGUGCUGGUGCAGACUUGAGUUCUGAAGGCAGACAAGUGGUGGAUUCUGGAACUUUCUUAGACAUUGUGAACGAACUGACAGCCGAAGGAAGCCCAGGCAAUGAGGUCAGUGCGGGUGAUGAGGUGACCAGUCUUGCCUUGACCUCCGACCUUCAUAUUGACAGCUCGGACUCUGGAGCCUCACUCUCAGUGGUGUCCUCGAGCGACAAUUCAGGAGGUUCAAUCCCGCCCGGCGUGGACGGCUCUGGGCUACAGCCGGUGCAGACCAAUGGAAGCGCGGACAAUGCGAUGGCGGCAGUAGCGUCCACUCUAGGCUCGGUCAACACUCAGACGUCCUGUCAGUCAGCUGACGGGGACCAGAAUGUCGUGCAGAAUGGUCAGGUGCUGGGAGCGAUGGGAGAGGACGGGGAGAUGAGUUGUGCAUCGGCCUCGGACCUGGAUAUGUCUGUCCAGUCUGCAGGGCUUGUGUACCCGCCGGGAGCGUCCUUGUCAGAUGCCCCCAUCCUCCCUCCUAGGACUUACAAAGUGUCUGCCCCUCCCCUCCCUCCCAGAGUAUAUAAAAAACCAGCCCCGCCGAUACCUCCCCGCCAUAACAUCGAUCGCCAGAAAAGAAAACCUUUGAGUCACAGCAUGUCGUUUAAUUCGGACCAAGUGAGACACUCUUUAGAGCCUCCGCCUCCCUUGCCACCGAGAACCUACAGCCCCAUAGAAUUCCCCGAGUCUACCUCAGACAGUGGUGAGAAUGCGACUGCAUCAGGGGAAUCCCACACGGGGGCUGAUGCAGCUGUGACCAAAGAGCAAGAGUUGUUCCCCUGGGGGCCACCCACCAGCUCUACGGCAGGCUCGGGCCAGCCCCGCUCCCCACAGUCCGCUCCGCCCCCACACCCACCCUCAUUCAACAGUUUGCAUUCAUCUCAUCCGCCCCCACCCCCUCUUGCUGCCAGACAGUCCCAGUAUUCACCCAAAACGGACCCAGCAAGCAGCUCCUCUCACCUAGUGUUGGUGCCGCUCUUUGAAACGGGAUCAUCUUCGUCCCCAGGGGCUGUAGGUCAUUCACACGGAGUCCUGCCUGGCGCGGCCCGAAUCGAACAUGCCCCAGGCUCUCGGGGCAGCCUGGCUCUCUCUACCAUCAGUGAACCAGCAGGCCUGGCCACACAUCAGGCCGACAAGAACAAGCUGAAACGUCGCAGCGUGGACGGGCUCUCUCAGCUAGGAGGCUCCUCCAGCCCCCCGCAGCUCCUGCCACGCCAGAGACAGAUGUCUACGGAGGAACGUCAGCUCAACCGACAACAAAUCAACCAGCAGCUAGAGCAGUGGACGCGGCUGCAGAGAAUCAAAACCACUCACCCACCGUCUUCUCCUCAGCUGCCAUCAUCUCCAAAUGCCGUGCGAUCCGGUUCGCCUAUCGACGGAAGCUCCCCACCUUCUUUCACAGAGUGUGAACUGGGCAGCCCUUCAGAACCCUUGCCACCCCCUUCACUGCCACCCCCUCCUCUGCCCCCUGGACCCAGGUCCUCCUCCCCCAACGCGGCCGCACCACCCGUGGGGAGCAGAGGAACAGACUGUCCUGAUGGUCUGUCUACGUCCGUCCACAGUGCAGUGUCGGGCACACCCGCCCAACCUCAAGCAUCAACGUCCACCUCCUCUUCCAGCUCUUUAACACCAGGACAGAGGGAGAGGUCUGGGGAAAGGCGUGAGCGACAUGCGCAAGGUGGCAGCAGUGCAGACUCGCGCACACCAGCACGCAGAGCAAAGUACCACAGAGUGGAUGACAGAGAUGAUGCCCUUCCUUCCGGUUGGGAGGCUCGUGUGGACAGCCAUGGCCGUAUUUUCUACAUUGACCAUGUGAACAGAACCACGACAUGGCAGAGACCUCAGACGGGUUUGCAGACUGUUCACCGUAGACCGACGCUCAGCUCAGAGCAGAGGCAGCAGCUGGAUAGGAGGUACCAGAGCAUCCGUCGUACGAUCACGCAGAGCCGACAAGUGGACACGGAGAGUGUUUCAUCCGGGGAUUCAAGGGAGAUGAGUACCGGUGCGACGGCGGAACCGGAGGUGAGUGCGAGUCCAGUGAGCCCCGCGGAGCCAGCGCCAGACAGGAGCGAGCGCAGCGUCCACAAGUACCCGGCGGUCAAGUUCCUCACCCGACCAGACUUCUUCCCCAUGCUGCAGGCAAAUGAGGCUGCCAUGGUGGACUACAACCGAAACAGCAAGCUCAAACACAUGAUCACAAAAAUACGCCGGGAACCACGCUCUUUUGAGAGGUACCAACACAACCGUGAUCUGGUGUCCUUUGUGAAUUUGUUCUGUGAUACGUCAAAAGAGUUGCCACGUCGAUGGCAGAUGAAGUACGACAAGUCCGGGAAGGCAUUUUUUAUUGACCAUGUGAUGAGGACGACAACAUUUAUGGACCCGCGUCUUCCUACCGAUGUGCCGUUGAUCAACCCAGACUUCCUUCAAACGCCAGCCCCAAGGACACGAGCCUCAGUGCGCUCUGUGGAGCCGUCUCAGCUGGAUGUGCCUGUCCCACCGCCUCGACAGCCUCUCAAUGAAACUGCUGCAGCAAUACCUACAGCUUACAACGAGAAAGUGGUGCUGUUCCUGCGGCAGCCCAACAUCGAGGAGAUGCUGCACGACCGAUGUCCUCAGUACACGUCCAGCUCGGGCCUUCGCGACAAGAUCAACAAGAUCUCUGUGCGGGGCGUGGACAUGCUGGAGAGACUGUCCAAUGACAUCGAGCUCACCUUAAUGCUUAGCCUGUUUGAGAACGAGAUCAUGUCAUAUGUGCCACCGACUGUCAGCUCCCGUAGCAACCCUGGCAUGGAGGCCGCAGCACAGUCACCACAGGGCUCGCCAGUACAACGACUUCCUGGCAGAGUGCCAGCUCCGUACAAACGAGAUUUCCAAGCCAAACUGAGAAACUUUUACAGAAAGCUGGAGUCGAAAGGCUACGGCCAGGGUCCAGGGAGGUUAAAACUGACUGUCCGUCGUGACCAUGUUCUGGAAGAUGCUUUCAACAAAGUCAUGUCAACUCCAAAGAAGGAACUCCAAAAGAACAAGCUGUACAUCACUUUUGCUGGUGAAGAGGGGCUGGAUUAUGGUGGCCCGUCUAGAGAAUUUUUCUUCCUGUUGUCUCGCGAGCUGUUCAACCCGUACUACGGCCUGUUUGAGUACUCGGCCAAUGACACGUACACGGUGCAGGUCAGCCCGUUGUCCACCUUUGUGGAGAACGCGCAUGAGUGGUUUCGAUUCUCUGGACGCGUGCUGGGGCUGGCCCUGGUACAUCAGUAUCUGCUCGAUGCUUUCUUCACUCGGCCGUUCUACAAAGCCGUGCUCAGAGUCCCCCUGUCCCUGGAGGACGUGGAGUCUCUGGACAUGGAGUUCCACCAGAGUCUGUUGUGGAUCAAGGACAACGACAUCAGCGAGGUGGACCUCAACCUCACCUUCGCGGUCAGCGAGGAAGUUUUUGGCCAGGUGACGGAGCGUGAGCUGAAGCCCAACGGGAAGAACAUGGCUGUGACGGAGAAGAACAAGAAAGAAUACAUCGAGAAGAUGGUCAAGUGGAGGCUGGAGCGUGGCGUCACCGAGCAGACAGAGAGUUUGAUACGAGGGUUCCACGAGGUCCUGGACGGUCGUCUGGUAUCCACGUUUGAUGCCCGGGAGCUGGAGCUGGUCAUUGCCGGUACGGUGGAGAUCGACAUCGGCGACUGGCGACGCAACACAGACUAUCGCUCAGGUUAUCACGACCAGCAUCCGGUGAUCCAGUGGUUCUGGGAAGCCAUUGAGAAGUUUGACAACGAACGGCAGCUGCGACUCCUGCAGUUUGUCACAGGGUCUUCUAGCAUUCCAUACGAAGGAUUCUCUGCUCUGAGAGGGAGCAACGGUCCACGCAAGUUCUGCAUCGAAAAAUGGGGGAAAGUGACCAGUCUUCCCAGGGCUCACACAUGUUUCAAUCGUUUGGACCUACCCCCGUACAGUUCGUCAGAAAUGUUGUUUGAAAAGCUUGUGAUGGCAGUGGAAGAAACAAGCACAUUUGGCAUUGACUGACCAUGUCUGUUGAUGGACGCACUACAAGCCAAAGUCCAGCAGUUGCUAGUGAUGUCCACUGCUCAGGGCAACAGUCGUAGCUGGUGUCGAAUGGAGAAAUUCAAGUUGCCUCUCAGUUGUCCAGCUGACAUCUGUCCACGCCCAGAUCUCAGCCUCUCGGGCUUUCUUUACUGCUUCGAUGUUUCCCAUAGUUGUUUUUUAGCUUAAACUUUUAGACCAAAAUCUGGUAGCCGUGCAGUCUUCGAGGUAGAAGCUUCGUUUUGAUUAUUAUUCUUUUUUGAUUAAUCAAAAAUAUGACAGGGCAUUAGAUUGGCAAAGUAGGAGCCUUGGGGCUGCUGCUUUUUAUAAUCAGUUGGAUGGUGACCAUUUUGGAAUCACUACAUUAUAGACAGAAAUAAUUAAUCUGUUGCUUCUUUUUAGUUCCCGAACUGGGAUGAAAGAUUAUCAAUCUUGGACUAGUUACUCAACUCAUUUGGUUGAAAUUUCAGCUUCAUUUUUUUUUUCAUUUGGCUCGAGGAAGGAAAUGAAUGAGCUGAACUGGUUUGUACAAAACAGUAUCUUGUUGCCCAGUAGUCUUGGUAUGUACUUUAACCAUACAACGUUUUGCUAUGUUGCAUUUUAGUGUUAAGUCUCUUUUAAGUUUGCUUUAAUGACAUAUAAUGACUGUUUUAAUUAGCUUGCCAUUGUCCUAACCGAGUGAAAUCGAUUGCAAAUUUGGUCGCUGUUUGUGAAAGAGAAAAGCCUUGAGUAAGCCAUCUUUGAUUAAAAAAGCCUUUAGAUAUGAUACUGUUUUAGCAACAGUCACCACAGGCAAAGUGUUUUUGUUGAUAAAGAGAACUGGAAGUUUGGUGGUGACAGAAUGGGUGCUGAACAGGCCUUAUGUAUUGCUUUCACUGUCUACAGAUAUCUUUUCAUUAUAUGACUUUCAUUUAAAUGGCAACCUCUCAAAGAGAAUGGUUGCCUUUCAGACUUUCUGAGUUGCCAUGACCAUCAUCAAGGACCAGGUCUGCUACAGACAUCGGCUAUCAUGAUGUGACAUUUAUUCAUUUGUUCGGAUGCUCUCAGAAAAAGCUAUAUUAUCCUGAUCUUUCCUUGUCUCCCAUUUGUUUAGGCUUUCCAGUAAAUUGUUCUGAGUCAACCCCUGCUUCAAUGGCCUUCAAUUUUAUUAGUGAAAGCUAGAUGUUCAAGGCCACAAUUUCUAUCCAAGUGUCCCAUAGAUUGCAUUUGUCUCUUCCUUAUAGUUUUUAUCAGCGAGCGGGUCAUGUGGGCUUCUUCAAGUACUACCUCAUUUGGUUUCUUUUCCUUCCAAGAAAUUCUCAACCGUCUCCUGAGAAAGCAAAAUUCUGUUGCUUCUAUUUUAUUUUCACUGUCUUUAGUGAUUGUCCAGCUGUCCAGCAUUCACAACUGUAUAAAGGGGUUGACCACACUUAACCUUAUGUUUUAGAUAUCUUUUGUCGUAGACUUUUUCUUAUUCUUCCCAUUAGUUCUCGCAUCAAGAUUUUUGUUAAUGACUCGUAAGGCUUGUUGUUCUAUGCAUCUGAUACUCAGUGGCUUCUAAUGAUUUGGGUACAGCUAUGAUAUUUUGGCAUUAUUAUUGAGCCAGUAGCCUCAGCUGGAAAAAAUCCACGGGCUGUCUCUGAUCAUAGAUUUUGCCCAUAUUUUGCGAAAACAAAGAUUGUGUAUAGAAACAGAUUUCUUCAUGCAGACAUUUUUCCCUAACAAAACAACGAAUUCUGAGAAUAUUUUUAUUGUAGUCUAACAGUCUAACACCCAAGCAUCUUUUACGUAUUUCGAGCACUAUGAAACUCAUGACAGUGAAAUCUUUAAUGUCUCUGUUUCUUUUUGCACAAUCUGUAUGGUACUCCAAAUUCUGUCAAUCAAUAUCUACCACAACUGCCUUUCCGUGUCCCUGGUUCAGUGUUGCUUAGUUUUCAGAUAUGACCGAGUGAGAAGAAAAAGGGAAAAA